GCUGCCUGGAGCGGCCACUCCCGGGCCGAAGAGGUCGGCGCAUGCGUACCACCGCCAAUCCCGCCCCUUCCUUUCGGGUGGACAGACCUUGAGCCAGGGCGAUAACCCCCAGAAGCACCCUGCUUUUUCUCUGCAUAGCGAUCUUUCCAACUAGCAAGUUUGAUUCCAGCCUGACUUUCCAUUCUUCCCUCAAGUUAAGCUCCAGUGGGAUUUUAAGAGUAAUCUUCAUAAAGUGUACCAAGCCAUAGAGGAGGCCGACUUCUUCGCCAUCGAUGGGGAGUUUUCAGGAAUCAGCGAUGGCCCUUCAGUCACUGCAUUAACAAAUGGUUUUGACACUCCAGAAGAAAGGUACCAGAAGCUUAAAAAGCAUUCCAUGGACUUUUUGCUGUUUCAGUUUGGCCUUUGCACUUUUAAGUAUGACUGCACAGAUUCAAAGUAUAUAACAAAGUCAUUUAACUUCUAUGUUUUCCCGAAACCCUUCAAAAGAUCCUCACCAGAUGUCAAAUUUGUUUGUCAGAGCUCAAGUAUUGACUUCCUAGCAAGCCAAGGGUUUGACUUCAAUAAAGUUUUUCGCAACGGAAUUCCAUACUUAAACCAGGAAGAAGAAAGACAGUUACGAGAGCAGUACGACGAGAAACGUUCACAGUCCAAUGGGGCAGGCGCUCUGUCAUAUGUUUCUCCAAACACGUCCAAGUGUCCCGUGUCGAUUCCUGAGGAUCAGAAGAAGUUUAUUGACCAAGUGGUAGAGAAAAUAGAAGAUUUGUUACAAAGUGAAGAAAACAAGAACUUGGAUUUAGAGCCAUGUACUGGGUUCCAAAGAAAACUAAUUUAUCAGACUUUGAGCUGGAAGUAUCCCAAAGGCAUUCAUGUUGAGACUUUAGAAACUGAAAAGAAAGAGCGCUAUAUCGUUAUCAGCAAAGUAGAUGAAGAGGAACGCAAGAGAAGAGAGCAACAGAAACAGGCCAAGGAACAGGAAGAACUGAAUGAUGCUGUGGGAUUUUCUAGAGUCAUCCAUGCCAUUGCUAAUUCGGGAAAACUUGUCAUUGGGCACAACAUGCUUUUGGAUGUCAUGCACACCAUUCAUCAGUUCUACUGCCCUCUGCCUGCGGACUUAAAUGAGUUUAAGGAGAUGACAGCAUGUGUUUUCCCCAGACUCUUGGAUACUAAAUUGAUGGCCAGCACACAACCUUUUAAGGAUAUCAUUAACAACACAUCCCUUGCGGAAUUGGAAAAACGGUUAAAAGAGACACCUUUCAGCUCUCCUAAAGUUGAAAGUGCGAAAGGUUUUCCGAGUUAUACCACAGCUUGUGAACAGCUCCACGAGGCAGGCUAUGAUGCUUAUAUCACAGGACUGUGUUUCAUCUCCAUGGCAAACUACCUAGGUUCUUUUCUUAGUCCUCCAAAAAUUCAUGUGUCUGCCAGAUCAAAACUCAUUGAACCUUUUUUUAACAAGUUAUUCCUUAUGAGAGUCAUGGAUAUCCCCUAUCUAAACUUGGAAGGACCAGACUUGCAGCCUAAACGUGAUCAUGUCCUCCAUGUGACAUUCCCCAAAGAAUGGAAAACCAGCGACCUUUACCAGCUUUUCAGUGCCUUUGGUAACAUUCAGAUAUCCUGGAUUGAUGAUACAUCAGCAUUUGUUUCCCUCAGCCAGCCUGAACAAGUACAGAUUGCUGUCAACACCAGCAAAUAUGCAGAAAGCUAUCGGAUCCAGACCUAUGCUGACUAUGUGGGGAAAAAACACGAGGAGAAGCAGAUCAAGAGAAAGUGGACAGAAGAUGGUUGGAAGGAGGUUGAAAGAAAGCGGCUGAACACGCAGUGCGUCUCCUACACUCCGCAGAAUCACUAUUACUAUGCCAGCAGUCUUACAACGACCAGCACAGGGGGAAAGAGGAAUCUGAGUCCCAGUCAAGCAGAACCUGGCCUGGAGGCCAGAGAAUCGGGGGAGGUUUCUGACAGUGAGCUUGAGCAGACAGAUUCCUGUGCAGAAUCCCUCUCAGAGGGACGGAAAAAGGCCAAGAAAUUAAAAAGGAUGAAGAAGGACCUUUCUCCAACAGGAAGCAUCUCGGACAGCUCGGCCAAGCUCUUUGAAGUCCCUGACACGUGGUAACCAAGACCCAAGUGGAACAAAUCGCUGGUGCUGUUGCUGAGAAAGAAAGAACCAGCCGGCACGUUUGGAAGCCAUACUGUGUUUAGUUUAACAAACUGCUCUGGGAGGGGUUGAAACCAAGUGUGUCUCCUACAGAGUCCCAGUUUUUUUUUUCACGGCUGUGUUUCUUUUCUUCCUUUUUUAAAGUCAACUCUCCACUGGCACUCAGCACGGUUGUAGGCUGUCAUAAAUGUGUAUGUGAUUAACCAGUUAAUUAUUUGUUGCUCGUGUGAAGCCCUUCCUGUCAUGAAUUAGUGUCUAAGAAGCCACCUGAUGGGGAAGGUCGGCCAUGAAAUACACAUGAAGAGCCGACCCUCUCGAGUGCUGUGAUCAUGAAUUUGGGAUUGAACUCUUGCCUGCUUCGUCCACCUUCCCGCGCUCAGGUCUGGAGCAGCCCCAGCACGUGGGUACCAUCUCCUGGUAGGGAAUUCAGUUGUGUCUGCCCGCUUCCCACUACAGCUGCCUAAAAACAUGAAGCUCUCAAGCUUGUUUUUCCAGCAGGAAAAUGUCUACCGCUGUCAGCAUAUGCCUUGGCCUUUGGGGCAUAUUUAUUUAGAGGGGUGUUUUUUUCCCCUAAGAUGUGAGUUUCUCGUAUGAGUGAGAAGUUAAUUUCUGUUACUCCAUGUAGUGCUGUGUUCACGUUUCAGUGUCUUAGCCUGGUGUCUUCUCUGUUUUUUAUGAGUGGGUCUGGGGGUGAGCUGGCGAGUGUGAGUACUUGUGUGUGUGUGUGUGUGUGUGUGUGUGUGUGUGUGUGUGUGUGUGUGAUACCAUGACAAAUCUACAACAUGUACCAGCCCUUUCUCUGUUGAAACAGAUCACAACAGCGACAGAAUUCCGUGGAUCUGCUUCAGUAGAUCUGCUUCGUUAUCGAUCAUUGUUAGAUAUUUAACAUUUUUGUAUCAUGGAAAUAAAAAUGAAAAAUGUAUUUCCAAAAGAUGAAAAUUAAAGAAAUUUUCAUAGGA